UUUAUGUCUGGCUCUAUUACAAAAUUUGAUUCGAUCAUAAGAUAAGAGUCUAUAGAGAGUUUGUUUAGUAACUAUUCAGGCCACCAAAAUGAAGAAUAGGAAUAAAAAAUCACUGAAUAACUAACUUCUUAACCUAUUUAUGUUAACAAUUAAUUUGUAAGGGAUUGGAUCGCGUUCACAAAUGAUUUACUGAAAAAAUAACAGGAAACACAGACAGAAUUAUCAAACUUACAGAAAUUGUAUAUCUAGGCUGAGUGUAGGCUAAAGGUAAUAAUAUAUUUAAUAAUCAAGAGGUAUGGAAUAGUGGGUUCUGGAACAACAGGCGCAUUGAUAACACAUCCACAAAGUGAAGAUUUCAACAGAUUUGUAAUCAAGAAGAAACUCACCAUCAUAUAGGAGUAACUCAAAUAGAAAAAAGAUUAGAUUCCUAAUUUGACAUCCUAAAAUAUCGAUUCAGCUAAAAUUGAGAGUUAAGACAUCUUAAGAUAAACUCAAGAAUUACUUUAAUAGUUGGAAUAAUAUAAUGCAGAAUUGUUAAUUCGAUCAGAAAAUAAUGCACCCAGUUUUCAAUUACUAUCAACCGGCUCCGUGAACAUUUCAGAUGAAUAAACUUGGAGAAUGAAUUAGCAACCCCUAUAAACUUAAAGAGAGAACACGAACCCAGAAAAUUUUGAAUCAUAUCAUGAUGCUAAUAUUCAAUCAUGA